GCUUUCCAAGUCAAGUAAAUGCAAUCUCUUCAUCUUCCACGGCUGCAUAUCUGUAUAUACAGGACCUUGAAGUUCCCCACUAGAACCAAAUUCUACAAAUAUGUCUUACACCCACUUGGUUUCCUUUGACAACAAGGCCAUUGAAACAACAGUAACCGACAGAGGAUCAGAAGUCGACUCAUGGGUUAAUACCAUCCUAGCAGUCUACAGGGGCGGAGACAUGAUAGUUGGACUAGACUGCGAAUGGAGCCCUACCUUUCUGAGUGGAACCAGCAACAGAAUUGCUACUCUGCAGCUGUGCGUAGACACCAAGUGCCUCAUACUCCAACUAUUCUACACGGACUACAUUCCCCAAUCCUUCAAGAAUUUUCUCAGUAACCCUGCCGUAACUUUUGUUGGAGUUGAGGUUGAGAGCGAUGCCAUGAAACUUAGAGAUGAAUAUGAACUGGACUGCCAAGAGACUAGUAACAUUCGUGCACUAGCUUGCUCAUUUUGGCCUAAUCGUUGGUAUAGAAGACCUGGGUUGAAAGAUCUUGCCUUCCAGAUAGUUGGCCUCUUGAUGCAGAAGCCGAUACAUGUUUGCAGUAGCAACUGGGAGGCAAGAAUCCUGAGCAAUGAGCAAGUCGAGUAUGCAAGUAUUGAUGCUUACGCCUCCUACAGAAUUGGCCACAGACUCCUCAAAGAGAUGUAAUGGGCAGUUAGCCUUCUCUACUUUGAUCCAUUUCCUAACAUAGCCUGAAACUCUUUGAAUUUUCUAACUUGGAUUCGACAUUCUGGCUGUGAUCCAUGGGUGGGUGGAUUGAAAUUGAAUGAACAAAAAUAGCGAUAUUUUCAUAUUUAAUUGGGAAA